AUGUCGUUUCCGAAUGACUCAGGGGAGAUGUCUCCACAAAGAAAACUCGGGAGGGGAAAGAUCGAAAUCAAGCGGAUCGAAAACACAACGAAUCGACAGGUGACCUUUUGCAAGCGUCGUAGUGGUUUGCUCAAGAAGGCCUAUGAAUUGUCUGUUCUUUGUGAUGCUGAGGUUGCUCUCAUCGUCUUCUCUAGCCGUGGCCGCCUUUAUGAGUACGCCAACAACAGCGUGAAAGGAACCAUAGAUAGGUACAAAAAGGCAUGCCUAGAUCCACCAAGCAGUGGCUCUGUUGCUGAAGCCAAUGCUCAGUUUUACCAACAAGAAGCUGCGAAACUGCGUCACCAGAUCGCGAACCUUCAGAAUCAAAACAGGAACAUCAUGGGCGAAUCGCUGGGAAACAUGCCUGCAAAAGACCUCAAGAAUCUUGAAAGCAAGUUAGAGAAAGGGAUUAGCAGGAUCAGAUCAAAAAAAAAUGAACUUCUAUUUGCUGAAAUCGAGUAUAUGCAAAAGCGAGAAAAUGAGUUACAUAACAGUAACCAGUUCCUCCGGGCAAAGAUUGCUGAAAACGAAAGAGCCCAACAGCAGCAUAUGAGCUUGAUGCCUGGAAGUUCUGAUUACGAUCAGCUAGUAGCACCUCACCAGCCAUUUGAUGGUCGAAACUACCUUCAAGUCAAUGAUCUUCAACCAAAUAACAAUUACUCUUGCCAAGAUCAAACACCUCUCCAGUUAGUGUAA